CACCCCCACGCGCCCCGCCCGCCCCCGCGCUCGGGGCCCUCCGCCCGGCAGCAGAGCGAGCAGCCGCGGGCGCAGCGGGGUCGGGGGCGCCGCGUUGCUGCAGCCGGGGCGGCCCCCGCCAGCCGAGCCGCCGCUGUUGCCGCCGAGCAGCCCGGAGCGCGGGCGACAGCGACAGCACCAUGGACCUGUCCUUUAUGGCCGCGCAGCUGCCCAUGAUGGGGGGCGCCUUCAUGGACUCGUCCAACGAGGACUUCAGCGCCGAGUACCCGCUCUUCGCCGCCUCCAACCACGUGCCAGCGGCGCCCACCCCGGGGGCCGAUGACCCUGGCCGCUCCUCGCACGACGCCGUGCUCCUGUGGAUCGCCGUCAUCGCCACGCUGGGCAACAUCGUGGUGGUCGGGGUGGUCUACGCCUUCACCUUCUGA